CUCACACGCAGUGGCCUCUUGCUCGGACGAGCCGCAGUCUUCGGAUAUCCUUCCGUCUUCCGGCAGUUACAUUGGUCUCGAAUGGUCGCAUUUGCCACCGGAACACUUGCGGACGCCGUACGCGGUCAACAUUCCAUGGACUCUGCCGUUUAACUCGUACCCCGACAACGUCCCUUCCCGUCACCUCCCCUCCUGAAAACAAACCCCGAAAAUCGACAUUUUUAUGUACUACACACGCAGCGUGUAGAUUUAUUUCGAAUUAAAAAAAUCUACUAGAGAAAAUAAAAAAUGUUAAAAACCAUUGGACCGCAUUUCGAACGACAAGAAAGCGUUUGGGGAGGUGUGCCCGACGGCGGAUACGGAAACGAGACCGUGGUCGACAGGGUACCGGCGGACAUGUUCCAUUUGGUCGACCCAUCGUGGUACCAGUUUCCUCCUAUGGAAUCGAUAUGGUAUACAUGGCUAGGCCUAACGGUGUUUUUUUUGGGAAUUUUAUCGAUGGUCGGCAACGGUCUCGUAGUAUACAUAUUCACGUGUACAAAAAGCCUAAGAACACCGUCCAACCUGCUCAUCGUCAACUUGGCGUUCUCCGACUUUUGCAUGAUGUUUACGAUGAGUCCGACCAUGGCUUGGAAUUGUUUCAACGAAAAAUGGAUGUUUGGCCUAUUCGCUUGUGAACUAUACGGGAUGUUAGGGUCGCUGUUUGGAUGCACUUCCAUUUGGACGAUGGUGUUUAUAGCUUUGGACCGUUACAAUGUUAUAGUAAAGGGAUUGUCCGCAAAACCGAUGACAAUCAAACUGGCUCUUUUGAAAAUAUUGUUCAUAUACUUACACGCGCUCGUCUGGACUUUGGCGCCGAUGUUCGGAUGGAGCCGGUAUAUACCGGAAGCGAAUAUGACGGCGUGCGGUACAGAUUAUUAUACGUUGGCGUGGCACAGCCGCAGCUAUAUUGUUGUGUACGGAGGGUUUGUCUAUCUGCUGCCGUUGCUCGUUAUCAUAUACGCUUAUUAUUUUAUCGUCAAGGCGGUAGCGUCGCACGAGAAAGCGAUGAGAGAACAAGCGAAAAAAAUGAACGUGACAUCGUUGAGAUCGGGCGAUCAAAGCUCUACCAGCGCAGAGUUCAAGUUGGCCAAAGUCGCCCUGAUGACGAUAUCGCUGUGGUUCAUGGCGUGGACCCCGUACAUGGUGAUUAAUUUUGCCGGCAUAUUCCAGUUGGCCACAAUCAACCCGUUGUUUUCGAUUUGGGGAUCGGUUUUCGCCAAAGCCAAUGCCGUAUACAACCCGAUAGUUUACGCAAUAAGUCAUCCCAAAUACAGACAAGCCUUGAACAAGAAAUUCCCGUGUCUCGUUUGCGGCAAAGUAGAAGACGACAAAAGCGAUUCUAAAUCGAUCGCUUCAGCUCAGACAUCAGUUUCGGAAGACAAAGUUUGAAACAAAAACCGACCAAAUGAAAAAAAAAAAACUGAGAUCUAUGAAAAUUAAAUUAUAUAAAAUAUACAUACAUAUAUAUAAAUAUAUAUUUAACUGUAUAAUGUAUACCUUUAUUUCAAUUUUCUACGUAUUUUCCUAAUCCAUUGCGUCUGGUUUUGUUUCAAGGCGGCCUCUAGCGUUUCUUUGAUUCUAACUAAAUUCGAUGGAUUUGUUUGUAAAAACAACGAUUCGUAAUUUGAAUUUGUUUUCAUUAAAUCCAGUUGCAACGUAAUGACGGGAACUGUUUGUUGCAAAAACGAUCUAGACGCCACCUGAAUGUAAUAACAAUAUAUUUAUUAUU